AUGUCACGUAACAAUAAUUAUCAACAAAUACAAGAAAUAGCUUCUUCAAUUCCAUCAUCAACUAAAGAUCUUCUUCGUACUCAACAAAAAAAUAUUGUAUGCAAUGAUUGCGGUGGUAUUUCUGCUGCUAAAGUUCAACAUUUAUUAUCAACACUAGAAGGUACUACACAAUUAUUUAAUACAGCAUCAUCAUCAUCAAAUAGUACUAGUGAGAAUACAAUAAAAUCCAAUAAUAUUUAUCGAAAAACUAUUAAUCAAUCAAAAUCAAUAAACAAGAAAAAAAAUUCAGCACGUAAUAAUAGUAAAACAACUUCAUUACGGCGAACUCCGAAAAAUAAUAAUAAAAAUAAAAAUAUGAAUAAAAGAAUUCAAAAUUCAACUAAACAACGAAAGUUAAGUAUUAAUCGAAUUCGAUCAUCAAUAUCAUCACAAUAUAAGAAUAAUAAAACUCGAAUAAAAUCAAAAAAUAAUAAUACAAUUAAAAUCAAAAAAUUAUCAUCGAAAAAAAAAACUAAAUAA